CGCGCGCGCGCUGCUCUGCUGUCGUGAACAUCUCUGAGGAAACGCGCUUUUCUUUUCACAUACGCUCCAACUCUUUUUAUUCUCUUUCACUGUGACUUCCCGCACUGUCUCCGCAGUCAUUUUCUCCCAUGCUUCGUUAUUUCGUCGAACAAACGACGUCUUUCGUUUUCUGUCAUUCAAAAGACACCAUCUCCCGUGUGUUUUGGCAGUAAGGGCUUCUGGAGAGGAUGGCGGCUAUCAAGGCUCUCCAACAGUGGUGUAAGAAUCAGUGCGAUGGAUAUAGAGAUGUGACCAUCAACAACAUGAGCACAUCUUUCAGAGAUGGACUGGCCUUCUGUGCUCUAAUCCACAAGUUCAGACCGGACCUCAUAAACUUCGAGUCUCUCUCCAAAGACAAUGUGUAUUACAACAACCACUUGGCGUUCCGUGUGGCUGAAGACCAUCUGGGAAUCCCAGCUCUUCUGGAUGCGGAGGACAUGGUGGCGUUGCCCGUCCCAGACAGACUCAGCAUCCUCACAUAUGUCUCGCAGUAUUAUAAUUACUUCCAUGGCCGCUCACCAAUCGGGGGAGUAGGAGGUAUCAAGCGGCAUGCUGAGGACUCAAAGGAGGUGCCAUCAGAGAAGAAGAAUCUGCCUGUGGCUGCCAAAAACCACAAUCUCAAAACAAAUACAGAGAACCGUCCUCCUCAUACCGAAAUGCCAAAAAGUAUCAGAGACAACCAUCCACCAUCUCUUAACAUCCAGAAAAAUGCUCCAGAGAAGCACGUUCUAGCUACCCCAGCUCGGCAGACUGGCACAGACUGGCAGAAAUCCCCAGGGGCGAAAUGUGUGCAGGCGCCCGUCGCACCGCUCAGAGCGAGAUCUCCACAACCACACAGAGCUGCUGAGAAGAAAUCUGUUUUGACGGAGAGCUCAAAUAAAACCGGCACGUUGAACAGUGAGUGUGCAGUAUGUGGAAAUCACGUGCAUUUGGUCCAGAGGCACCUGGUAGAUGGGAAACUUUACCACCGGAGCUGCUUUAAGUGUAGUGUAUGCUAUGGCACACUGAAAUCUGGGGCAUAUAAACUGGGAGUGGACACUGGGUCACUGGUCUGUUCUAUUCACCAACAUGCCCAAAAUGGCUUCAAGCCUGUGGUUAAGAGCAGUGGCUUUACGCUCGCUGAUUUGGUACCAAAAUCUGACCGUGGAGAUCAGCCAUCUUCACAGCGCUACACCUCUGUGUUAUCUACACCCGUCAAGGCUGUGCCCAGACCAGUGGAGCUCAGUCUCGCUCCACAGUCAUGGACGGCCUCCGCUCAGAGGACUCAGGCAGCCAGGCAGAAGUUCUUCCAGUCUUGUGGCCCGGCUGCGGAGCACCGGCCCACCGCAAAACAGCAGUCAGGCCCCUCAGAGUCCAUCACCAGUCAGAACGCCAGUCUGAAGGAGGAGAAAGGCCGAACCAGUGCACUGACUAACGGAAAACAACUACUUGAAGGAAACCGGAAUAACAACAAUGCACUUAAUAGUGACCCAGGAGCAGACAAGCAGAUAAAAAUCAGAUGCUCUUCUGCUGAGGUGUCCAGCUGGAGGCAGGAGUUACACGGACGGGAUGCAACAGGAGGAAGGAGCUCGUAUGAGGCCACCUCAUCCAGCCUUGUUAUCAGCAAUAGCAGCAAAGAAUCCUUCUACCUCAGUGCCAUCAGCAAGGAGCGCAGCAGACCUCCAUCCCUGCUGCUUUCUACUGCCAAAGCCAAAGACAUUCAGAGCUGCGACUCCCCAACUGACUGGAGAUCAAAGCCAAAGGCAGCUCCAAAUGGACCAAGACUAAAAUCUCAUGGAAAUGCCAAGGAUGUCCCGCUGACUUGUGAAGAAAACAAAAGUGGACAUUGUUUGAAGGUCCAAGAUUCUUCAAGAGCUCCAACCUCCUCUAUAUCAAACAACUCUCAUUGCUCCAAAACUGAACGGGAACAGCAGGAAGGGACCUGGGUCCAAAAUGGAGCAUGCACACCACCAGGUUCUUCUUCCCCCAUCCAGCCAUUCAGUCCUAUUGUCUCAUGUUUGGGAGAGACUUGUCGUGGGCAGGGUUUGAAACCCGACUGUUCCUUGUCCUCUAGUGUCUUGCCCUCUCAGUCCCGUCACAAACCUUCAUCUCCAAAACAAACUCGCUGCAGGUCGGCGAUGUCCAGUUACGACAAUGGAAAUAUUUCAUCCAAAAAUGGCUUGCUGCUUGAAACGAGGUCCCCUUCUAUAAAGCCUUGCCACAUCACACCAGAUCAGAUCUCAAAAGAGCUGCAGGACAUUGAGAACAAUCUGAAUGAUCUGGAGAAUGAAGGCGUGGAGUUGGAGAUGAGACUUCGCAUUUAUGAAGAAGAGGGUCAUGGGGACCUUCUGAUGGAUCCCUUGAUGGUGGACUGGUUUAACCUGAUUCGGAAAAAACAAAGCUACAUCCGCAGGGAGUCAGAGUUGAUGUACAUAGCAAGAACACAGGAUCUGGAGGAGCAGCAGCCUGGAGUAGAAGGAGAGCUCAGGAGGUUAAUCAAUAAACCAGAACAUCUCAAGACUCUGGAUGAGAAGAGGAGGGAAACAGAGCUGUUGAACAGACUGAUGAAAAUCGUGAAUGACAGGAACGCUAUUGUUGAGGGGCUGGAGGAGGACCGGUUACGGGAGGAGGAGGAAGAUCAACAGUUGAACGAAAUGAUGCAAAGACUAGGUCUUCAGAAGUUUAAAAACAAACGCAAGUCGUCCUUCUCCAAGUUAUUUAGACGGAGAAGUAAAAAAGCCUCAAUGGGAGAGUGAACUUCAGAUCUACUGGAGUGCAGUGAUCCAGAUCCAAGUCCAGAUUUCACCUAAGAAGGUUUGGGACUAAGAAUCACAAUUCUAUCAGGUGGCUCAGUGAGGUAGUUUGAGUUUCUGGAGCAAAAUGUUUCUUUAAAAACACUUUUUUUUUAUUAUUAUUAUUCUGAUCAUGUUCUGAUACUUUUCACCUUAUUUGAUUUAGCUAAUACUAAUUCUAAUUAUUUGCUUUAAGUGUUAAACAUUUUUGGUCCUACAGUGUUUGCUUAUUUUUGCCUUCGCUUUAAAUGCGUGGGCUAGUUUGAAUAUUUGUUCAAAAUGUACAUUUCUUUUCUUGUUGUGUUUGGUUUUUUUUUUUUUGCUUCCACCCCCACUUGUUCAGACAUAAAUGGUAACUUAUAUUAGCAGAUAAACAGAUGUCCAAGAUUGGCUGAAGCAUGCUUCUUGAGUGUGAUCCAAGAAUCUGUGGAGCAUCUUAAUUUAACUCUAACCUCCAAAAAAAAAAAAAAAAAAUUGAACUGUGCUGCCUGCUAAAUCUAGUGCCCUCAAGAUUCAGUGCGUGCAGUGACCUGAAGGGGGCACUAUGAGCUUGCAUGCAUUUCUAAAAUAAACUGGGAGUUUUCCCAGUUUAUUUUAUAUUCCUGAGAAUGCAAAAUCAAGCUGGAGAUUAGACUGCAGAGGAGCUUGUGUGCUGGAGAGGUGCGGAUUAUUGGUCUAGCUCCAUUAAAACUGUUCAUCUAACUAAAAAAAUAUAGUUCGUCCAAAGAUGUCUUUUACAUGGUGUUUCAAACUGUUUUGAGAGAACCCACAAGUUUUUUUUUAAAGUUAUUUUAAGAGAUGUUUUACGAAUGAAUGUGCUUAUUUAUUGUAUAUUUGACUUUUAAAAUGAGUUAUCCAAUAAAUCUUAAUGAAGUUUCUUAGUGUAUUGUACCAGCAACUGUUUUCAUGCUCACAAUCUCUGAAUCGUGAGGCCUAAAAACGUUAAAUGGAAAACCCCAUCCGUGCAGAAAUGGUCAGAAGCGCACGAUAACCAAAAUGCCCAGUUUAUCCCACACUUCCAGUCGUUUCCCUUCUCCGAAAAUGAAAAUGACACCACGCUCGCUGCAGCAACCAUAAUUGUUGUUCCUAUCAUUGCUCGUGCUGUAAAACGGCCGUUUAUACAGCCAUCAUUUAAUAUGGGUUUUAGUAAAAUGCAUUAAGAUAAUUUACUCGCAUUUAAUAUCAUGCCACUGCUUACAGGCCAUCCAUCCCCAAUUUAAGAUGCAUGAAAUUGUGAUCAUGAACUUGGAACACCAUCUCUCUCUAGCUGAGAGGAGCCGAGGAGGAUAUUGGUGCAGAACGCCACGCGUGAUGCGGGUGACAGUCGAGACUGAAUACGUGUGAUAUUAGAGUUAAUUAAAGCUUUGCGCCCCAUCUCCUGCAAAUGCUCGCACUCCUGCAAUUAAGAAUCAAAGGCGAGGGCUUAGUGUCAGGGGGGUGUCUAAUACAUGGUUUUAACAGGAAUGGGACCUGAUUUGCCAAGCUCCUAGCGACAAGCAUUAACAACAGCCUCAAAUUAGGCGGACAUUAAUAUUCAUAAGUAAAACAAUUCGUCCUCUGAAUGGCUGAUGAAAUGAAAUUCUCCGAGGUGAGCGCUCGCGUCCACGCCGCCCGUGUCCAUCAAAAGAUGCCAUUACUGAUCGAGUGCUUAAUGUAUAUGAGCCGCGUGAUGAAAUUGAAGGGAUGAAGGAUGCCGGGGGGUUGACUUGUUUGUCACCAGCCUGGUAUUUCAAAAAUCGGUCCGCCAGCUCAAAUGCAGCAUCGCUAACCUCAAGCGUGCGCGCGAGCGUCUCUCCUUCGGUACAUAACUGAAUGACAUUUGCAUAUUUGCUUGAUCAAGGCCAGCUAAACUGAGGUCACAAACACAAAAUGGAUUUGAAAAUGGAGUGUACUUAAGCGUUUUUUUGGGGGGUUUCGCUGGAAAGUGCGCUAAUGCGAUGCACAUGUCACAUGGGCUGCGUCGCAAGCUUUCAGUGUAAUGCGACGCGGUUUAAUUGUUUAAUUAAAAGCAUACAUUACACUUA